GAUGUCCUGAAGGUGCUGAAGCAUUGCCUAGCUUUUUUAAUCUAUGGAUGUGUUGUGUAGAACUCAAACAAAUGAUGGAUGUGUGUAUUGCCACCAUAUCGCAUUGGUAUGAAUCUGGACAUAUCUAUGUCCAAAUUCGUUAUAUUAAAGAAAUGUAACACAACUACGAAAAUAUAAAGUCUUACGAUCUUCAGGAAGGAAACACCCCCAGGUGCUCACAUCCAGCCAAAACGAAAAACGUAUCGUUAUAUAUAUAUACAACAGUGAACUCUCCAAUCAGAUCAACCGCGUUGGACUUGGACAGCGAUGCUCGACGUAGUGAACUAGUGAUCAUGCCACGUAGAGAGCUAGAGAUGAGUUGCCACGUCGUCGUUUCGGGAGUUCUUGUGCUGGUUUUGGCCGCCACCAUCUGCGGUUGUGCAGCUGCGUGCGUGGAGGUCGAGAGGAAGGCGUUGCUGUCCUUCCUCGCCGACGCCGCGUCGCGGGCAGGAGAUGGCAUCGUCGGCGAGUGGCAACGGUCGCCGGACUGCUGCACUUGGGACGGCGUGGGGUGCGGCGGCGACGGCGAGGUCACGCGCCUGUCGCUGCCGGGACGUGGGCUCGGCGGGACGAUCUCGCCGUCGAUUGGCAACCUCACCGGGCUCACGCACCUCAACCUGUCCGGCAACAGCCUCGCCGGCCAGUUCCCAGAGGUGCUCUUCUCCCUGCCCAAUGUCACCGUCGUCGACGUCAGCUACAACUGCCUCUCCGGCGAGCUACCUAGCGUGGCGACGGGCGCCGCUGCCCGCGGCGGCCUCUCGCUGGAGGUGCUCGACGUGUCGAGCAACCUCUUGGCGGGGCAGUUCCCGUCCGCGAUCUGGGAGCACACGCCGCGCCUCGUGUCGCUGAAUGCCAGCAACAACAGCUUCCAUGGCACGAUCCCGUCCUUGUGCGUGAGCUGCCCGGCUCUCGCCGUUCUUGACCUCUCCGUCAACGUGCUCAGCGGGGUCAUCUCCCCCGGGUUCGGCAACUGCUCGCAGCUGCGAGUUUUCAGCGCCGGCCGCAACAACCUCACCGGCGAACUUCCCGGCGACCUCUUCGACGUGAAGGCGCUCCAGCACCUGGAGCUCCCGUUGAACCAGAUAGAAGGCCAGCUUGAUCACGAGAGCAUCGCCAAGCUGACCAACCUGGUCACACUCGAUCUGGGCUAUAAUUUGCUCACCGGCGGAUUGCCGGAGUCGAUCAGCAAGAUGCCGAAGCUGGAGGAGCUCCGGCUCGCCAAUAACAACCUCACCGGAACGCUCCCGUCAGCGUUGAGCAACUGGACCAGCCUCCGGUUCAUCGACCUCCGGUCGAACAGCUUCGUCGGGGACCUCACGGUCGUUGACUUCUCCGGCCUCGCCAACCUCACCGUCUUCGACGUGGCGUCCAACAACUUCACCGGCACAAUCCCGCCAAGCAUCUACACCUGCACGGCGAUGAAGGCGCUGCGCGUCAGCCGCAACGUCAUGGGCGGGCAGGUCUCGCCGGAGAUCGGCAACCUGAAAGAGCUCGAAUUGUUCUCGUUGACAUUUAACUCCUUCGUCAACAUCAGCGGCAUGUUCUGGAACCUGAAGAGCUGCACGAACCUCACCGCGCUGCUCCUCUCGUACAACUUCUACGGAGAGGCGCUGCCAGACGCCGGCUGGGUCGGCGACCACAUCAGAAAAGUUCGGGUAAUUGUGUUGGAGAAGAGCGCUCUGACGGGCGCGAUCCCGUCAUGGCUGUCGAAGCUGCAGGACCUCAACAUCUUGAAUCUCUCCGGCAACCGCCUCACCGGCCCGAUCCCGAGCUGGCUCGGCGCCAUGCCGAAGCUGUACUACGUCGACCUCUCCGGGAACCUCCUGUCCGGGGUGAUACCGCCGUCGCUGAUGGAGAUGCGGCUACUGACAUCGGAGCAGGCCAUGGCAGAGUACAAUCCAGGCCAUCUCAUACUCACAUUCGCUCUUAAUCCGGACAACGGAGAGGCGAACCGGCAUGGCCGCGGGUACUACCAGCUGUCGGGCGUCGCCGUGACGCUCAACUUCAGCGAGAACGCCAUCACCGGCACGAUCUCCCCGGAGGUCGGCAAGCUGAAGACGCUGCAAAUGCUAGACGUCAGUUACAACAACCUCUCCGGCGACAUCCCGACCGAGCUGACCAGCCUUGCCAGGUUGCAGGUCCUCGACUUGAGCUGGAACCUCCUGACAGGGACGAUCCCUUCUGCGCUCAACAAGCUAAACUUCCUCGCCGUCUUCAACGUCGCACACAACGACCUCGAGGGGCCGAUCCCCACGGGCGGCCAGUUCGACGCGUUCCCGCCGAAGAGCUUCAUGGGGAACGCGAAGCUUUGCGGCCGGGCGAUCUCUGUGCCUUGUGGCAACAUGAACGGCGCGACGAGAGGCAAUGAUCCGAUCAAGCACGUCGGGAAGAGGGUCAUCAUCGCCAUCGUUCUUGGAGUUUGCUUUGGCCUCGUUGCUCUCGUCAUCUUCCUCGGAUGCGUUGUGAUCACCGUCAGAAAAUUGAUGUCCAAUGCAGCUGUCCGUGACGGCGGCAAAGGCGUGGACGUGUCCCUGUUCGACUCCAUGUCGGAGCUGUACGGCGACUGCUCCAAAGACACGAUCCUGUUCAUGUCGGAGGCCGCCGGUGAGACGGCGAAGAGCUUGACCUUCCUGGACAUCCUGAAGGCGACCAACAACUUCAGCCCGGAGAGAAUCAUCGGGUCGGGCGGCUAUGGCCUGGUGUUCCUGGCCGAGUUGGAGGAUGGCACCCGGCUCGCCGUGAAGAAGCUCAACGGCGACAUGUGCCUGGUGGAGCGGGAGUUCCAGGCGGAGGUGGAGGCGCUGUCCGCGACGCGCCACGAGAACCUUGUCCCUCUCCUGGGCUUCUACAUCCGCGGGCAGCUGCGGCUGCUGAUCUACCCGUACAUGGCGAACGGCAGCCUCCACGACUGGCUGCACGAGAGCCAUGCCGGCGAUGGCGCGCCGCAGCAGCUGGACUGGCGCGCCAGGCUCAGCAUCGCGCGCGGCGCCAGCCGCGGCGUGCUCUACAUCCACGACCAGUGCAAGCCACAGAUCGUGCACCGCGACAUCAAGUCGAGCAACAUCCUCCUCGACGAGGCCGGCGAGGCCCGCGUCGCCGACUUCGGGCUGGCGCGCCUCAUCCUCCCCGACCGGACGCACGUCACGACGGAGCUGGUCGGCACGCUGGGGUACAUCCCGCCGGAGUACGGCCAGGCGUGGGUGGCGACGCGGCGCGGCGACGUGUACAGCUUCGGCGUCGUGUUGCUGGAGCUACUGACGGGGAGACGGCCCUUCGAGGUUCUUCGGCACGGGCAGCAGCUGGAGCUCGUCCAGUGGGUGCUCCAGAUGAGGUCGCAGGGGAGGCACGGCGAGGUGCUCGACCAGCGGCUGAGGGGCAAUGGCGACGAGGCACAGAUGCUGUACGUGCUCGACCUCGCAUGCCUCUGCGUCGACUCGACGCCGUUGAGCCGGCCGGUGAUACAGGAUAUUGUCAGUUGGCUCGACAACGUCCAAUUCAUCGGCUGAUCAGACUAAAGCUCUGGAACGAUCCAAAUCAAUUGAGAUGGAAAGCAUGUGGAAAUAUAAUUUUUUAGUAAAUUCGAUGUACAAAUCUUUAAUGUACAGGAAUGUUAUGCCAAGAAAGUCAAUAAUAUGGAAGGUAAGAAUUCUGACUAAGAUUUAAGAUUUUCUUGUGGUAUAUUAAGAAAGGAGCGAUUCUAACAAAGGACAAUUUGGUCAAAAGAAGAUGGAAAUGAAGCACUAAGUGUUGCUUCUGCUAUGGCGAAGAAACAAUCUACCAUCUCUUCUUUGAGUGCCAGGUUGCUCGCUUGAUGUGGAAUGCCUUGUAUGUAAUGCUAGAUAUCCAAGAGCCAUCGUCUAUCACUAAUCUCUUGGGUGGUUGGCCGAGUGGCUUAGUAUUUAGGUUGAGAAACUGGCUUUUUUGAUAUCGGCGAUGUGUUGGACAAU